AUGAGGCGGCGAAUCAUUCAAUUUUUUGUGCUCUGCACCUUUCUCGUAUUGGUCGCAGCGUGGUCAAAGGAGGACUACGAGAUCUUCAAGCUAAGAGACGAAGUUGAAGCCGGCGAAGGAGACGGGGUGAGCUUUUACGACUUUCUGGGAGUCAAACCUUCCGCCACGGUAGAAGAAAUCAGCAAAGCCUUUCGAAAAAAGUCGCGAGCCCUUCAUCCCGACAAGGCUAAGCAUUCAUUCAUAGCCUCCCGGUCGACCGCUAAGCCGAGGAAGCCUGGUGGGAAGAAAAAGACCGGUGUACAUGUCUCGAAGGGCCCAUCCGAGCGAGAGAUUCAGCGCUUCGAGAAACAAGCGGCAGAAAGAUAUAGCCGGUUGGGCGUGGUGGCCAGUGUCUUAAGAGGGCCACAAAGAGAAAGAUAUGAUUUCUUCUUGCAACACGGAUUCCCUUCGUGGAGAGGAACAGGCUAUUAUUAUUCGAGAUACCGACCUGGUCUGGGUACAGUCUUGGUUGGCCUUUUUCUGGUUGGCGGUGGCGGAGCUCAUUACCUAGCGUUGUUCACAGGGUACAAGAGACAGCGUGAAUUCAUGGAGAGGUACAUCAGGCAUGCUAGAAAGACUGCUUGGGGUGACGAAUCCGGCAUUAGAGGCAUUGCCGGCCUGGGUGGCCCGGUACAAGUUCCACAAACAGCUGAAGAACCCGACGCAAUGGCAAACCUGAACCGACGCCAGAAAAGAGAACUGGAGCGACAGAACAAAAAGGAUAAGUCGAGCAAAGCCAAACCAGCCAAACCAGCUCCACUGCAAACAUCUACUCCCGCCGGUGACAAGAAACGCGUGGUCGCUGAAAAUGGGAAGGUUCUUGUCGUUGACUCUGUGGGAAACGUAUUCUUGGAAGAAGAAGAUGAAGAUGGGAAUGUCCAGGAGUUUCUUCUGGACCUGGAUGAGAUACCGAGGCCAACAAUAUGGGACACGGCAGUCGUACGUCUGCCCAUAUGGCUCUAUCACAAAGCCAUCAGCCGUUUACCCAACCAGAGUCAGCGCAUAGCUGGUGAGGAGGCUCCGCCGUCAGAAAGCGAACGAGACCUUGACAUUGCCCCGAACGCAGUCAGUGCUGAGCAUGUGGCGUCUUCAGAUACAAACUCGAGCCAGGAACAAGAUUCUGGAUUCGAAAUAGUGGACUCGUCAGGGAUCGAGAAAGAAAUUGAAAAAGCAUCGGCUGCAGGGAUGAAGAAAAGGGGCAAAAAAGGAAAGAAAUGA